GAGCGACGCUUCCGGUGUGGGCAGCGUGGCUCCCUGAGGCAAGAUGGCGGCGCCCUUGUCUGUCCAGCUGGAGUUCGGAGGUGGAGCAGAACUCCUGUUUGAUGGGGUAAGAAAACAUCAGGUGAAUUUGCCCGGCCAGUCUGAACCUUGGAACCUCCGACAUUUGCUGAUGUGGAUCAAGGAGAACCUGCUGAAAGAGAGGCCUGAAUUAUUUGUGCAAGGAGAGUCAGUGCGCCCAGGAAUCCUAGUGCUUAUUAAUGAUGCAGAUUGGGAGCUGAUGGGCAACCUGGAAUAUCAACUGCAAGAUCAGGACCACGUGGUUUUCAUCUCCACCUUACACGGGGGUUAGGCUGCUAGGGGUGUGUGUGUGUGUGUGUGUGUCCCAAAACAGCAAAGACAAAACUAAACAACCUGGGUUGAGCCAACUUCUUAAGAAAGCCCUAAAACUUUGAAGCGUCCUGCAGGGUUGAAUCCCAGCUGUGGAUGGGAAGAAUGUAACUCUGGAGCAUUUUCUCUUGGGCUGUGGGUCAGGCGAGCCCUCCAAGCCGUUGUUGACUCUUGAGAAAUGACGAGGAAACCAGAGUAACCAGCAGUUACGCCUUGUUGUGGUUGUGUGUUAUCAGGAGUCCCCCAUCUUUUUCUCCCCUAGCAGCCGGAAGAGACAAUCCUAGGACUGAGAUGAGACGUGGGCAGGAGCCUUCUCUGCCGCCUUCUCUGACCCAGCCUUCCAGGCCUUAGGAUCACACAGUCUGCCUUUGCUUGCCUCUUGUUUGAUCUGCAGACCUCCAACCAGCAUUUCUGUAGCUGAACUGGAAAGCAGCCGCGCGGCCCACCUACAAAUGCUUGCUUUGAAUUUAAGGUGUGAGUUACGCGUGUGCCAAGGAUGUGCAAAAACCUGGACUGGUCUGUGCGGCGGGUGUGUGUGUGUGUCCUGCUUGUGCAGGGGAUUGGACUACAAGACCUCCAACCUCUUGUUAUUCUGAUGGUUUUGCUUCCCUCUUUUGUACCUGUGUUUUAAAUAAAUACUGCGCAGAGCUCCCUUUGCUAAUAUUUCACCUGCUAACCAUGGUUUGUGCAUCCUUUCAUCCGGGACGCCAAGGGCCCUCUGUUGCCAACUGCUGUAGCAAUGAAUAAAAUGGCUGCCCUCCGCUCCUGUGUUACCUGCAGAUAAUUCUUAUUUUUAGUGCUUUCCUCAAGUGAAGCUAGGUCUGCCUAGAAGCAAAAUGGUGGACUUGCGUGGCUCGUCCAUUUGAGGAAGAGCCUAGCCAUCAAAUCCCCCAAAUAGAAAAGUUUUAAGUAUUCUAGAAAUGAGACCUAGCGCAUCUGAAAGGCAUCAGGUUGGAGAAAGGCAAUCUAACGUUCAGGACAUUUGUUUCUAUGUCUGAAAACUUCGUUACAUCCAACCUAGCUUCAUCCCUGGUUAAGCAGGGUUUCUUAAAAUGCUGCUUACAGAGCUGAAUAUUCUUGUAGAAGGCAACCGUUUCACGGAAGGAGUUAAUUUUCCCCAAUUGUUUCCUUUUUCUGGAUCAUUUGUGGUACCCUAUCCCACCAGGUGAAGGCAGAAACAUAAUUUCAAUAAACUCCAAAGAGACAGCCAACGAGAGACGUCAAAUCUCUCGUCUCUGAAAAGCUAAGCGCGUUUGCAAACGUGAGAGGUGAAAUUACAAUUUCUCUAUCUGCAUGCAUAGUUAAGUUCUGAUUUUAUUAGAUUUUUUUUUUUAAUCAGAUACACCCACCAUAGAGGCAGCCAGGAAAUCAACUGACUGAAGGGAGAAAGGAGAAAUAAAACACAAAUAUCUCAGGGACCGCAAGCUUGUUUUCUGCAAAGGAAAUCUUUCUCGAAACUGCAGAUUACAUUCUUAGAUACGAUGGUGCAGACCUUGAAGUGAUGUUUUUCCAUUCAAGAUUUGGUGGGGUAGAGAUGUGAUCCUGGGUUGAGCAAGAAAUUCAAAAUGCCAGAAAAAUUGUUGAGAGGUUUCCUGUUAGCUGGCCAACCUCAAGAAUCUAUUGCUUAAAGAUAAAUGCAGAGAGAUUUGAACCCAGCCCUUCAGAAGCUAGCUAUCAAUUGGUGAUUUUUGUACAUGCUCAGAAAUGUUCUCUUGUGUGGCAGGAUCCAAAUCUCAAGGCAUUUGGAAGAGAACUGGCCACAUUUCAGUUUUCCCCACACGAUCAUCCAAAAAAACCUAAAUCCAGAAGGCAAAAUUGACUUGGUGUUUAGUGGGUCUGCAAAAAA